AUGCAUGCCGAACGCAUGGCAAAAGAGGAGCACAAAUUGCCCUGUGGCAAGCCGCUAGAAUUCUUCAUCCCUGCCACCUACAGUCGCCGAAACGUGGCACAGCCUAGUCUUGUAAAUGCGAUCAACAACAAGAAGCCUGUCGUGAGUCAGGCCAAGCCAACCGGUCCUGCAGGGGCUGGUUCGUCUCCAAAUCCCGGUCGCCAUAGUGAUAGAUUUGCAGUUAUGCCGCCGGCUUUAAACACAGCCGUUUCGACUGCCGAGUCUGCCGGAGCCAGCUCGACUAGAAUGAGGACUUCUGUAGACGGCCACAUGGCUGGAAGGCCACUCUCGGAGGCACAAAAGUUGCUGGUCUCUGCGCCUGGAGGGGCGCUCGACCUGUCACAGUAUGACUACAAGCCGCAAAUUGCC